AGCCCUCGACAAGCGUGAAAGAAGAAAUGCGAACAAGAGGAAGAUGGCUGCCCAAACAAACUCUCGCCCAUAAAUGUCGCUUUUUAACCAUGACUGGUUUGUUGGCGGAGACUGAAACGACGCGAUGAUUUCAGUGAGUUAUAUUCUGCUGUGCGGACAGUUCUUCCUGCUGCUCUCCGUCAUUUUCCUACAGUGUCUGGAGGGAAUUCACUCCCAGAACUCAUCGACCGCGGAGCCUCCAGCUUCUGCCUCCCCGGGCCAGGGAGCCACCGGGCUCCCCUUCAGCGAGCAGCCUCCGAGUCCCGGCGUGGAGAAAUAUGACAUACCGGCGGAAAGUGACAAUGAAACGGAGAGAUUCGAGUACAGACCCCCGUCACCUGUCGUCCUCUGCAGCUAUCUACCCGAGGAGUUCAUCUUCUGUCAGGACCCUGUGGAUCAUGCAGGGAACUACACAGCCCUGCAGGAGUUGGGACACGGAUGUGCUGGGUGGGGUGGUCAGACUCAGAAAGAAGUGAACACCACUCGUGUCAUAUGUACUGCACUGGAUGAUAUAGAGUGUGCGGGACCCAGAUAAUUCCUCCGAGACGACGUCCCCUGCAUCAAAUACACCGGACACUAUUUCAUCACCACACUGCUGUACUCCUUCUUCCUGGGCUGCUUCGGUGUCGACCGCUUCUGCCUGGGUCACACCGGCACCGCCGUCGGGAAGCUGCUCACUCUGGGGGGUUUGGGGAUCUGGUGGUUCGUGGAUCUGAUCCUGCUCAUCACUGGCGGCCUGAUGCCCAGCGAUUACAGCAACUGGUGCACGUACUACUGAGACCCACAGCGGAGAGGGUGAGCAUGAUGGACCACGAGGUCAUUAAAACGUGACCUCAGGCCGCUGUGGUUCUGAGUCUGGGAGCUGGUUCUGUUCUGAGAGGGAAUGACGGAGUCCAAUGACCGGCUGAGGAUUUCUGCUUGUUACUCUCAGUGUCUGAGGAAAAUGACUUUAUUUAAUUUAUUCAUUUUGAUAUAAAGAUUGACCGAUUAAUCGCUUUAGCCGAUUAAUUGAUUCCAGCUAGUAGCACAUCUAGCACAAACCAUAAUUCUGUGGCUGUAUUUGUUCAUUUAAAGACUUUUUUUUGCUGUAAAUGUGUGUUUUUUUCUCCCGAUGAUUAAUAACAAAAACAACAGUUUAAAGACUCCAUCAUAUGAGAAGACGUAGAAGCUGCUGCUAAGAGAUGCAUUCAGUGAACCUUGUUAAUUUCUAAUUCACUUAAGCAAAUAUGGUUGCAGUCCACUGAUAGACACCUGUUACUGAUGCAUUCAAGGAGCUUUGUAAAUUCCAUCCUUUCUGCAGUCCACUGCUUGUUGUGCUUGGUAAAACCGGCACAAGUAAUGUGGUGGAUUGAUCUGAUAAUAGUUUUCACAGAAC